UGCAGGAAUCGUGGUAAUAGUACCUUGAUACCCAUGACGGUGAAGCAGAUAAGCCAAGUAUCAUCAUAUGAUAAUUCUAGCAUUGCGUUUGGUUGGAAUGGGGCUCAUAAAGUGGAAAUGUUCACGAAUGUGCAAUUCAUCCUCGAUGAUGGUACUAGAAGAAUCGAUGUACAUAGAUGGGUCAAUGAUGCUACAUACAGUAAUGAGAUGCCCAUAGUAAAGAAUGAAAUAUAUGUUUGUGUCAUUGGUCACUUGAAAAGUUUUCAGGGUAAAAAGCAUGCUCCAGCUUUCUCAGUUAGACCUAUUACGGACUUCAAUGAAAUUACGUGCCACUUCUUGGAAUGCAUAUAUGUACAUCUAACCAACACUAAACAGAUGGGUGGGUCUCCACAGCCUCAAAAAAGUUCGGUGACCACAGCAAUGGACCCAUGGGAAAUAGCACUCUUGCUAAGCAUACCCAAUUUACUGGACAUCCGGCCCUAG